AUGGCUGGAAAAGCGGAAGAGAUUGCGGUGGACCCGGAUCUAUACUCUAUGGCCGCUGGUUAUGCCGUAGAUGACUUUCAAUCGGAAACCACUUCUAUUGCAUCAAAUAUUGCACGAGGACGUCUUGAAAAUGGCCGAAGAUAUCAAGCAAUUAAGGAAGAUGAUUACUGGGGUCCGUCUGAUGAUCAACAAUUCGAGGCAUUCGAGAUUUGCCAUCUGGUCUUCCUUGUGGUAGACCACAACGAGCCGAAUCCCCUUUUCCAUGCCCCAAUUACGGAAACGCCCAAGAACAUUCUGGACAUUGGAACUGGUAAAGGCAGUUGGGCGAUCGAUGUUGCCGACAUGUAUCCAACAGCCACCGUCCGUGGAGUGGAUAUCUUCCCUCCACCAGUAACAUGGAUGCCACCAAACUGCGUCUUCGAGGUUGACGACGUAAAUCGCGAAUGGACAUGGAGAGAGCCAUUCGACUUUAUUCACCUGCGUCUCAUGUACGGUGCAUUCGACCCUGAAGGAUGGGACCGUCUCUACCAACAGGCCUAUGAUGCCCUCGAGCCUGGUGGCUGGAUUGAACAAAUGGAACUAGACGUCCGACUAUACAGCGAGGACGGCUCCCUAAAACCAGAGCAUCAGCUCCACGGCUGGGGUCCAUUGUUCAUCCGUUGCUCCGAGCGAGCAGGACGUUCACUCCGAACCCACGAAACGAUGCGCGACGCAAUCAAGAAAGCCGGAUUCGUCGAUGUCCACGAGAAGAAAUACAAGAUUCCUAUUGGACCCUGGGCCAAGGAUAAGUUGCUGAAGGAGGCCGGUCACCUCCAGUAUGCACACUGGAACACUGGUCUUGAAGGAUGGGCGAUGUGGCUUCUUACUCACUUUGGAGAGCCAAAGCCGUGGACCAAGGAAGAGGUCCAGGUAUUCCUGGCUAAAGUGCGAUCGGAGUUGAAGAACCCGGCUAUUCAUGCUUUUGAGCCUGGACGACGUGUGUGGGCUAGAAAGCCUACUCGAGAGGAAAUGGCUGCUAAGGCUGCUAAGGAGGCCAAGGAGAAGGAGGUCCCGAUCAAGGCUGAGCCUUCGACUUAA